UCCCACGGUUAAGGAGGUUUCCCUCUGGCAGUUGCCAUUAGUGGCUCUGCUCGGCAUGGGCGUGAUUUUUUACAAGGUCUCAUGACAGACCGGACCCGAGCAUAAUUUGGGUAGGCGCAGCAACGACAUGGUUGAGAUCGGCGUCAAGAGACGGGCAUUGUCUGGGUGGCUGGGCAUUUCGAUACCACACGGAGGAUAGCAUUGACGUCGAACGCUCCGGCCGGACGCUUCUAUCACCGGCUCCGGGCCGUGCUGCGACAUUGUGUGGGCGGGGGUUACUUAACGAUAUGUAUGGUAUUUCUUGGUUUUGUUGAGCGCCGGGUAUCGGACAAGGAAAGCAAUGAAAGGCAUUGUGGUCUUGACUCGGCAUCCUUGGUCCCGAAUGCGCCAACAUUGGCAAAUUGUGUUGCCUGUGAGAAGGAAGGGUAUUGGGGGGAAGGAAAAGGACAAAGCCACAAAGGGCUCAGCCUCGAGGAUGGGAUGACGUCCAGACUGAGAAGGUCCUUGGCUGGUAGCCUUGUCACAACUGUGUGGUUGGGUCCCGCCAUCCACACCUCGGAGAGAGUUCGUCUGAUUUACCCGGGACGGAUCCAAACGGUUGGGUCCCGGCAUGGGAAGGCACCGGCGGUGUGGGAACGGAUGGUGGUAGAGUGCUGGUUGGCUGGACGUCCACCCAGCGUGGUGGCGUUCCUUCUGUGCGUGGUUUCUCGGACUCUUGAUGAAGAUUUUUUGUGUUUUGGUUUGCUAGAGAAUGAGGAUAAGGAAGGGAGACAGAAAGAUAAGGGAUAGUAUAAGAGAGAGAGAGAGAGAGAGAGAGAGAGAGAGAGAGUGUGCAAGAGGCGAGAAAAUAGGCCAGAAAAUGCGCAAGCAAGCAAAUAGGCAAUGAAUAAGCA